CGUCUCCCGGGCACCGGGGAAGACAGCGACCGAGCCAAAAGCAACCGGGCGCCCCGGCGGCGAGACAUGCCUAGCGAUUCCCCUCGCCGCGCUGCCCUCCUCCUGCCCAACCUGCCCCCGCACAUCCCAUACUCCCGCGCUCUGCAGCAGCGCCUCUACCUCAUCGCGCAGCACCUCAGCCGCCGCGCGGGCUCCCCUUCCGCCGCCCGCCGCGGCCUCGACCAGCUCCACGCUCAGCUCCUCCUCAACGGCUUCACCCACAAGCGCUUCCUCCUCGCGAAGCUCCUCUCCCUCGCCACCGCCGCCGGCGCCGACCUCCCCCGCGCCGAGUCCCUCUUCCUCUCCGCCUCGUCGCACAGCCCCGCGUCCCCGACCCUCGCCAACCUCCUCCUCCGCGCCGCCGCCGGGUCGGGCGCCACGCCGUCGGCCUUGCUCGCGCUCUUCUCCCGCCUCGUGGGCCGCCACGGGCUUCGCCCCAACGCAUUCUCCUUCUCCACCCUCCUCGCGGCGCUCGCCUCGGCGGGCGCCGUGGCGCUCCCCCACGGCCGCGCCCUCCACGCGCACGCUCUCGCGGGCGGCGUGCUCGCCCCGUCCGGCGAGAACGGGCACGUGAUGACCAGCCUCAUGGACGUGUACGCGUCGGCCCGCCAGCUUGGGGACGCCCGGAAGGUGUUCGACGAAAUGCCGGGCAAGUCGGUGGCCGCUUGGAACUGCAUGCUCGCCGCGUACGUGCAAUGCAGAGAGCUGGACGCUGCGCUGCGGUUCUUUGGCGAUGAGAUGCCUUAUCGGGACACGGUGGCAUGGACAACGGUCAUUGGUGGGUGCGCAAACUCUGGGAGGGCCGCGAAGGCUGUUGAGCUGUUCAUGGGAAUGAGGAAGGCAAGGGUCAAUGAUGAUGUGGUGACUAUGGUUGCUUUGCUGACAGCAUGUGCAGAGUUGGGUGACCUGGAGCUUGGGCGGUGGGUGCAUGCGCGCGUGGACUGGGAAGGGCGGCAGCGGAGGACAGUGUUGCUGGACAAUUCUCUCAUCCAUAUGUAUGUGAAGUGUGGUGCGGUGGAGGAUGCGCUCCGCUUGUUUCUGAUGAUGCCAAAGCGGAGUACCAUUUCGUGGACAACUAUGAUCUCAGGUCUUGCAAUGCAUGGUCGUGCCCAGGAGGCACUGGAUUUGUUCCACAGAAUGCAGGAGCGUCCUGAUGGUGCAACGCUGCUUGCAGUUCUGCGGGCGUGCAGUUACGCAGGGAGGAUUGAUGAUGGACGGCGGUACUUUGAGAGCAUGGAAAGAGUUUAUGGUAUAACUCCAGAGAUACAGCACUAUGGAUGCAUGGUUGACAUGCUCUGUCGCUGGAGAAGAUUGCACGAAGCACUUGAGGUUGUGGAAAACAUGCCAUUCCAGUCAAACGAGGGUGCAUGGGGUGCAAUCCUGAGUGGAUGCAGAAGGGAGGGUAAUCUUGAGCUUGCAGCCAAAGUGACUGAUAGAUUAGUUGAACUGCAGCCAGAACGAGCAGCUGGGCACCUUGUGCUGCUGUCCAACAUGUAUGCUGGCGUUGGACAGUGGGAGCAAGCUCGGAUGGUGAGGGAAAGAGUGGCCAUACUGAAUGCUGAGAAGCCUGCCGGAAGAAGCUGGGUGAAUCAGAGUCCAGCAUGGUGGUAGCAUAAGCCCAAUUGAUUGAUCAGUGACUCUGACUUACAACCUUUAACGUGAAGUCUGUGAAUAGUCGAGCACUAAGUCACUGUACUUGAACAAGCACUGCAAUUAUUUGAUCAUCAGGUAUUAAGUCAACAUUAUCCUCACAGAAGUGUAUGAGUCUUGCAGUGGAAAAUUUUCAGGUAUAGAUGACCAAAGGAAUGAAGGAUCAGUCUGCAACAAAUCUUUGUCACCUUCAGUAGGCCCGUUUCCGCUGUCAUUCAAGAAGCUUGUUGCAUGUGCCAAUGCCAAUUGCGGCGGCAAGAUGCCAUGCAGCGUGGAUGUAGGGAGUCUCCGGGAAGCAGUCAUCAGCAAUGAACAGCGCACCUCCCAGCAGAGAUGACAUCUUGUGCAGGUUAUGUGCCAUCCUGAGCUCUGGUUCAAUUGAUGCCCUUCUUGCAAAGGAAACCUGGCAUUUAGGGAUGGUUAGAUUUCCAAAAAAAAAAAAUCACUGUAGGUUGUGAAGUGUUCUCUUGAAUCCAGAAAAGAUACGCUGGAUAAUUUGAAUU